AUCACCAAAUAAAAUAAAAAAAUUAUCAAAGUAAUGCAUUAGUGCAAUCGUUUGGUAAUAUUUCUAUACUACGCGUCAUUGAGAGUUCGAUUCCAAGUGGCUAGUCGCUAUUUAUUAAUAUAAUUGCCGCAGUGACUAAUAGCGACACUGUUUUAUCGUCGACAAACGGUACCUAGCGUUUGUCUCAGGCGUGUGAGUGACGCUGUACAUUAUUCCUUCCGGUUUGCCGAACCAACCUAACCUUAUUCGUUUCGAAUAUUGUUGACGGCAUUUUCUUCGCGAAAUUACAUUUCACUGUCGCCCCGUUUUCCUCGUCACAGGCAUCACAUUGUUCUUCUGAUUGAUAAGUACCGUAUUAUAACACACAGAAAAAAUGGCAGAAAGCAAAGGAGAUGCUCCCGAAAAUAGAAUUACUAUUAAGGUUGAAUGUAGUAUUGUUGGUCAUUACGAUACUGUCGUCUACAUCUCUAUUAAAAAAACUUCAAAACUGCAAAAAUUAAUGAACGCCUACUGUGAGAGAACUGGUUUUAAUAUUCGGGCAUUAAGAUUUCGGUACAAUGGUUGUUCGGUUAGUGGAAUGGAGACUCCGUCUUUCCUAGAAAUGGAGGACGGUAGCGAAAUGGAUGUCCAUCGAGCACAGGUUGGUCCUGAUGAUUAUACCAAUUUAUAUUUAUUGUAAAUACAAUUUUAUGAUCAACUAAAACAAUAUCAAGAAUUUAACUUUAUUAAGCAAAUAAAUGUUAUAUGAACCGAACAUUAUAGAUGAAAUAUUUACAGUAAUACAUUUUUUGUAAACAAAUUUAUUCUUAUGAUAAUUAUUAUUUUCAUACUCCUUUAGCUUAAUAAUAAAUAAAAUAUACCUAAUCAA